CUUAACUUCGCAACAACCUUCACCAGAGCCAGCCCAACAACGCAUCUGAAUCAUGAAAAGGCCAAUAUGAGCUCUCCAUCGGGCUCAGAUGGCCCGGCAUCGCCCGUGGGCCGACGACCCUCUCGAUCGAAACGUGGAAAGCUCAGAAAUGGAACCUUCAUCAUCCCAGGAACGGGUGAACGCGUUCGACGUCAGAUAACACUUCGAAAUCCUGCAAACUUCGAUGGUCCAGCUCCAACCUACUCCAGAGGCUCCGGUGGCCCGAUUCUCCCAUUGAGACGCACUUUUUCCCAGGCUGGCACGUUUCGGACGGCCGUAGACAAUACUGUGGAUGCUUCGAAGGAACUGUGGGAAUGGCUCAAGACGCCUACUGCGAAAGGAAUUCUGAAAUGCUCUCUUGCCUACUUGCUUGGGAGUGCCGCUACCUUCUUGCCCCCUCUGGCCAAUUUCUUGGGCAGACAGGACGGGAAGCACAUUGUUGCUACGAUAACGGUGUACUUCCAUCCUGCGAGAUCUGCUGGGUCUAUGGAAGAGGCGGCCCUACUUGGGUUCGGUGCCUUCCUAUAUGCGACUUUGGUUGGAAUUUCUAGUAUGGCGACAUCGGUCUUUUUCGAAACACAAUUGGAUCUCAUCGAGCUGGGUUUUGCCUUAGUGCUCAUCACCUUCUGUGGCGGCGGGCUUGGAUUUAUUGGUUGGUUCAAGCAGAAGUAUAAUGCCCCAUUGGUCAAUGUGUCUUGCAGUCUGGCCAGUCUUGCCAUAAUCACCAUUUUGACAAAGGAGACUGCUAUCCAGACUGGAGUGUUCUCCAACGAUAAGAUUGUACAGGUUAUGAAGAUGGUUGUUAUGGGCAUAUUAGCAACCUCUGCUGUAAGCUUGUUGGUAUGGCCCGUUUCAGCACGGACGGAGCUUCGAGAGACUAUGAUCAAGGUUACGGAUUCCUUCGGAGACAUGCUUACGAUGAUCACUCAUGGAUUUCUCAGCGGAUCCGAAACAGAUCUGAGAUCGGCAAGCUUCAACAAAGCUCAAGGCCGAUAUAAAUCAGUUUUUACGCAGUUGACGAAGAAUCUCAGGGAGGCUAAAUUCGAACAUUACGUACUUGGCACGGAAGAAGAAUACAGGCUCGAAGCUAAUCUUGUCUAUUGUAUGCAAAGAUUAGCUCAGUCAAUUGGUGGAUUGAGAAGUGCUGCAACAACUCAAUUCACGUUGCUCAAGGAGAGCCCGGAUUUUGGUACUCCUUCAGUGGCGGGGACCACGAGAACUUCUCCACAGGUGCUUGGUGGUUCAGUUGCCUCUACGUUCACAGGCAGACACGAUAGGUUCGCAGUAUUGACGGCGAUCGAAGAAGCCUCCGAGGAAGGUAGCGGAACUGAAGACCAUGAAACUGAAAGUAUCCAAACUCGGAGCCGACUUGAGCGGCAGGGAACCGAAACCAGUGUGACAAGUACAGGCUUACCUACAGCUAGGACACCAUCAGAAAUCUUUUCGCGCUUCAUUCUGCACCUUGGCCCGUCGAUGAAGUCGCUUGCAUAUACGCUCUCCAAAAUCCUACAGGAGUUACCCUUUGGCGAUGGCCCGGAGUACCAUAUAAUCAUCAAUGACCACUUUCAAUCAAGUCUCACUGAUGCAGUGAAACUCUACAGCAAUGCCCGAGCGGAAGCUCUUAAGGAAUUGUACAAAAGCAAGGAACUAGACAAGGAUAGGCCGGAAAAAGUGGAGGCGGAUUUUGAAGAGGUCGCCGCUAGUUGUGGGCACUUUAGUUUUUCGCUUCAAGACUUUGCAAACGGAAUGCAGACAUAUUUAUCGAUAUUGGAGGGCUUGAAGGAAGUAACGGAAAAGCAUAAUCGGUCAUGGAACUGGUUGCAAUUCUGGAAAAGGUCUAAAGAUCAGUUGACUCAACCUCCAACCGAAGAUCCGGAGCAAGAGCGUCUAAUAGAGCAGCAAGAAGGCCCACAAGUGCCCAAGGACAUACCCGAACUUGUCCUUGAACGACGAAAUGCAAGAAAAUGGAGGGCUGCAGAACAAGGACAUGAUUCGACUGGCGAUUUCUAUCAUAGAUUGCUGCGCAUUAUACGCGUCCUGGAACGAGAUGAUGUACGCUUUGCUGUGAAAGUUGGAAUUGGCGCAGCUAUUUAUGCUGUAUUUGCGUUUAUACCGUACACAAGGCCGUUCUACCAGCAUUGGCGUGGGGAAUGGGGACUUCUGUCUUACAUGCUGGUUUGUGCCAUGACAAUCGGCGCCUCAAAUACCACGGGUUGGGCUAGAUUUAUUGGUACUUUCAUUGGUGCUGUCAUCGCCGUAAUAGUCUGGGUUGUGUGUCAAGGAAACCCAUUUGCUUUAGCAUUUUUGGGAUGGGUUGUCAGCCUGCUUUGCUUCUAUAUCAUUAUUGAGAAAGGUAAAGGACCGUUUGGGCGGUUCAUUAUGCUGACGUACAACCUUUCUUGUCUAUAUGCGUACAGUUUGUCGAUAAAAGACGGAGAUGGCGACGAUGAUGAAGGCGGAGUUACCCCGAUCAUCACCGAGAUAGUCCUGCAUAGAGUGGUGGCGGUCCUUGCUGGCGUUGUAUGGGGCAUGAUCAUUACCCGAGUUAUUUGGCCGAUUUCAGCAAGACAAAAAUUCAAGGACGGAUUGUCCCUCCUAUGGCUGAGGAUGGGCUUGAUUUGGAAGCGAGACCCGUUGUCGACACUGUUGGAAGGCGAGUCUCAGAAUGCUUAUAUGAAUUUGCGAGAGGAAUUUGCGCUGCAACGUUAUGUCCUUCAGCUUGAUACUCUCCGAAGCGCAGCAUCGAGCGAGUUCGAAUUACGAGGACCCUUUCCUUCAAGGCAGUAUGGGCGAAUUAUGGAGUCUACAAACAAAAUGCUUGAUGCCUUUCACGCAAUGAAUGUGGUUAUACAAAAAGAUCCCCACGCCAGCGAGGGAGAAACGUUGCUGUUGAAGUAUACUGCCGAAGAGCGAGCAGACCUCUGCUCUAGAAUUAGUCAUCUAUUCCAAGUCCUCGCUAGUUCUCUCAAACUAGAAUUCCCCCUCAAUGACACGCUCCCCGGUAUCUCAAAUUCUCGCGAUCGGCUACUUGCGAAGAUCUUCCAAUACAGAAAGAAUAGCGCUGGCGGCAAUGAAGAAGACAGCACUUCGGUUGCUAAGGACGAAGAUUAUGAGAUGUUGUACGCUUAUACCCUUGUCACCGGGCAACUGGCAGAGGAGAUCAGGAAAGUGGAAAGGGAGGUCGAGGAGCUCUUCGGAGUUCUGGAUGAGGAUAUGUUGAUGCUACAAUGAACGGCUACUUGUAUGUUAUGAGCAGUAAUAUAGGUGUAUUACUGACGGUCCCGUCGUAAAUACCAUAAGCAACAAACGCCUGUACAGCACAUGCAAUUCCACUUUCCAAGCCCUCAGUGGACAUAAAGCCAUACCCAAACGCCAACUCUUGGUCUCAUAAUUUAGAAAAGCGCUUCUCUGACCCUCCCAACCUUGUUCCGGAUAUCAUAUUCAACCCAUUUCGCCACCCCUCUCCUCCCAGGCGCAACUAUACUCCCCGGAUUCAUUACAUGACAGCCCUCAUAUGUGACACAAAAUGCUGGCGCUUCGGUGUCUGCAAGCACCAUCGCGGUAGGCAACGGGUAAACUUGCAGUGAACUAGCAUAGUCCCAAAGCACUGGUCGAGUUGCCAUUCCGAAAGGUGACAAGUAUCCUUGAUCUAAGAUCGUCUUUACUAAUUUCCUCG